AUGAAGGCUAUCGACAUCAAAGGCGGCUCCGGCCCCCUCGAAUCCCUCUUCAUCAACUCAGACACCCCCACCCCCGUCCCAGCAAAAGGCCAGGCCCUCGUCCGCGUCAAGGCCUUCGGCAUCAACCGCAUGGACAUCCUCCAACGCAACGGCCGGUAUCCCGUGCCCCUUCAGGCCCCCGCAACCCUCGGCGUCGAGUUCAGCGGCGUGGUGCAUUCUCUCGGACCCCGGGAUGAGGCGCACGAGGAUUCCGGCCGCCAUAGGUUCGAGGUCGGCGAUGAGGUGUUCGGCUUGGCGUAUGGCGGUGCUUAUGCCGAGUAUAUCGCCGUGAGCACUGGGAUGUUGCUUAGGAAGCCGAGGAGUAUGUCUUGGGAGGUGGCGGCUGGGAUCCCGGAGACCUGGAUCACCGCAACCCAAGCCCUCACCCUCAUAAGUGAAUUCUCGGAGGGUAAAUCCAUCCUCUGGCAUGCUGGCGCCUCCGGCGUCUCCACAGCCGGCAUCCAACUCUCCCGCCGCCUCGGCGCCUCCCAAAUCUUCGCCACCGCCGGCUCCCCCGAAAAGACCGCCUACAUCCAGUCCUCGCUCGGCGCGACGGCGGCUUUCAACUACCGCACCGAGGACUGGGUCCAGGGCGUGCGGGACGUCACGGGCGGCAAGGGCGUCGACGUCGUUGUUGACUUCGUGGGGGCGGAUUACUUCCAGAAGAACAUCGACGUCGUGGCGAGGGAUGGGAGGAUUGUCUUGUUGGCGUUGUUGAGCGGCGGGAAGAUUGAGGGGGGCGUGGAUAUCGCGGCUGUGUUGUAUAAGAGGGUUAGGAUUGAGGGGAGUACGCUGAGGAGUAGGGAUGAGGAGUAUCAGAGGAGGUUAAGGGAUGCGUUGGAGGAGUAUAUCCCUGAUUUUGAGGAGGGUAAGUUGAAGGUCGUUAUUGAUACGGUUUUGCCGUGGGACCAGAUCCAGGAAGCGCAUCGGAUUAUGGAAGGGAAUAAGAACAAGGGUAAGAUUGUGUGCACCAUACCGUGGGAGUAA